AUGGAGAAUAGGGAACAAGAGCAGCCAAUCAUGCAGUCUGAAAGAGCACCCAGAUCCUACGGCACUGGCGCCUAUGAACCUGCCAGGGGCACAAGCUGUGCGCAAGUACAGGCCACUGACGUGACCAUAGAAAUGAUCGACCUUCAGCGAGUACGUGAUCAUUUCGUCUGGUCAGUCUUUAACACGGUGUACAUGAAUAUAUGUUGCCUGGGACUCCUUGCCCUUAGUUACUCAGUCGAGUCACGGGAUCAUAAGCAGCGGGGGGACAUGAGAGGAGCCAAGAAGCAGGCCUCCAGAUCCAGAUCUCUCAACAUCGCCACCACUGUCCUUAGCAUCCUCACUGUUAUCAUCAUAUUUACCCUUUUUUUUAAUGGAAUACUCACACUGAAGCCAUAG